AUGUUCGUCUUCUCCGUUCUCCUGACCGUCUCUGUUCUUGCCAGCCUCUCCAGCUCGCAAGGCUUGGAUCCCAAUAACAUUCCACUACAAACAAGAGUGGUAUGGUGCCAAAAUCAAAUGUCCUCCUGCCCGCUGAUAUGCCUGCAAAUGCCAAACGCAACCGGAAGGCCAAUUGAAAACGGUUGUGAUCCAGCAACCUUAACCUUCUCCUGCGUCUGCUCGAACGGCAUGUCCCCCAACGGCUCCCAAUACUCCCUAACACUCUCCUACUACAUUUGCACAGAAAUGAACAACAAUUGCGUCAAAGCCUGUAACAGCGGCGACUCCUCCUGCCAAAACAAAUGCCGCGAAAAGAACCCCUGCGGUGCCCAGAACCCCACCCGCGUUACCUCCACAGCCACCAGCGGUGCUACGAACACCUCUGCGCCCUCUGCGACCGGUGUGGUUGAUACAGGUCUUGGGGGUAAUCCGGGUAUGGCGCCGAAGGGUGGCAGGAAUGGGGCGGAGAGAGGGUUGGUGUUGGAGAUUGGGCAGGUGUAUGGGGUUGGGAUCUUGGUUGCGGUGUUUUUGGCUGGGUUUUCGAUGGUUGUGUAG